AUGAGUAUGGAUAUGGAGAAUAUGCCGGCACGGCACAAGCUAAAUGAAGAGUGGGUCUUAUGGUUUGAUUAUCAGGAUAAAAAAUAUACAAACAAUGACAACUGGAGCGAUAGUUUGCACAAGCUUGGAACUGUUUCAGAUAUAGAGGCAUUUUGGAGCACUUUAAAAGAGAUUGGUGAUUUAGCUCUUUUGCCUGUUAGCUCAAAUCUUCACUUCUUUAGAAAUGGAAUAGAGCCCAUGUGGGAGGAUCCAAGAAACUCUGCUGGUGGGAAGUGGGUUUUGGAGCUUCCUUUUGGCCAGAAUCCAGAGCAAAUAUGGACAAACACCCUGCUGUUCUGUAUUUCUGAAAGCUUCUUAGUAAGAGCUCCAAAUGGGGUGCUGCAGGAUUCUAUUAUUUCUAACUCAACAAUAGAUAGAGCUUUAUCAGGCGCCAUUUGCGGGGCUGUUUUUUCACCGCGUAAGAACUAUAUAAGAAUAAGUAUAUGGACCAGCAUUAAAGACAAAAAAGUCACACGCAUUGGAGAGCUGUGGAAAGAGUUUGCUGAGAUCCCUGGAAACGUUAAAAUUUCCUUUAAAGUACACGAGAGCGCAAUCAAGGGGUCAAAAGACUCGUCUUCAGACGUCUAUUCUCUGUAA